AUGAUGCAGACUUUGAAUCCUUACCCUUCAACCUCAAAAACAGCUGAGAUCAUGGCUAGGUAUAGGCCAAUAGCACCAAAGCCUGAGGCUCCAACUAGCCCUGUUUCUGAGGAUAAUCCUACUGGAUUACCCCCAAAUAUUCAAAAGUCUCCUUUCUUGAGGAAUGUAUGGCCUCAAUUGCAAGCAAGGCCAACAAGGACUAGGAAGAGAGGAAGGACUGCCCUUGGUCCACCUUCUAUGAAAAGAGCCAGAGCUAAUUACUUUCCUGCUGGCCAAUUUCCUACUUAUCAGCAGGUGAUGGCUGCUUCUCCUUCUUAUAGACCAAAUGUGCUUCCCCAGUUCACUUUAAUCCCAAAUCUUCUCCCUCUUAAAUGUGGUUUGGGUACCUCUGUUACAACUCCAUCAAAUUCCAUAACACUCCCUCUUAUGGCUUGUACUACCACUACUCUUCCUAUGCUAGUAGAGAAAAACUCUGGAGAGGAAAUUAGAGGAAUCGAUUUGAAUUUGGCAGCUGAUGGCCCUGAAGAAUUAGAUUUCAUGCCCCAAUUGCAAGGUCCCAAGACCCCUGGCCCGGGUGUUAUAACCCCGCAGCCAGUUCGCCCAGUUGGGUCAAGUAUUUCCAUUGGGUGUAUCAAUGAGGAGGAGGCUCCAGAAGGUGGUGGAACAAACAAAAAAUUUAUGAAGAAACCAGAGGAGGUGGAGGAAGAAGUUGAAGCAGAGGCUUUGCCAGCUGUAAUAUCGGACUCGAAUAACAAAGUAAGGCUCACAAAUGCAGCAUACAAAGAGAUGGUGGGUCAACCUGAAUGUUGCUGGCUGGACUACAUGGUUGGGAAUGCAUGCAAGAGAAUUGGUGGGGAAGUGAUACUUGAGUUCUUGGAUUCAUCUUGCAGUGUGCCAAUGUCAUCUGAUGGGUUCAAUUGUUGGGUGAAGAUAGAAUGGGGAGCUGCACAAGGGAAAAAGAAUUCAGUCAAAGCUUUCUGCAAUGCUGUGAAGUUAGCUUGCCAGUCCAAAGAUUAUGUCUUUGAGUGGAGGUUCCAUACCACAGAUGAUGAUGCUCCUGCAUCAGCUGCUUCCAAUAAUUAA